CACGGGCUGCCUGCCUAUGCUCUCGUCCUUUGCUCAUGUACGCCCAUCAACACACACCGCCCUGAUGUCCUCCUUUUUUUCACCACAACAUCCUCAACACAGUAGCUCAACACAAGAUACACAAGAUAAGCCCACAGCAGCACAAACAGCCUUACAGAAGGCCUAGCGACCCUCUCCGCGAGGGACGGGCCGAUAAAUGCAUCUUGGUCGAACACAUCAAAAGUGAAGGGCACGCUGGCGACCUGAUAGUUGAGCAUGUAGAUGACCAGGUGCCACACGUCAAUGUCGCUUCUGGACGAAGCCGGGUUGGUAAUUGUCAGCCGCAUGGCGUACUCGCCCCCAGCAAACUCCACAGACGGGUCGAGGUGAACGAUCAGCUUAUCGUCGUUGCACUCGGGGGCCUUCGCAGGGUCGGGCCUCAGCACGGUGCGGAAACCUGUGAUGCUGAACUGGAGGCUCUCGCAGACGUCUUGGGAGAGCCGAAAGUCCUCAGAACAGCGGAUUCGGAUGCUGUUGCCAACGCCACUCUCAAUUGUCCCCAUCUGCCAGGAAAGCUAACAGAUGGAGACAAAGAGACAUGGGGGGUUUUGCGUUGCAUGUCAUGUCUCUCCUUUCCUUAAAUACUUCGAGUGUGUUUCUCUGGCUGGGGACGUUGCUGGAUGCCCGCAUUGCGCCGAGGCUGAGGUCGAAGCGGCUCAGCUGCCAUCCCUGUAUAUUCAGGUUGGCGUCGAUGACGCUGCCACUCUUGGCCGCCUUGAGUGUGAGGCCCCACAGGUUGGGCGUCGGCUGGAUGCUGGGGUUCAUCGUCGAUAAGGCGAAGAUGUACGUCGUGUUGGCCAGUGUCCCUGACGCACGCAAAGACAGACAGACAGAGGUGAGACACAAAGCUCUGAUCGACCGGUUUCAUUAAGUCAGGCUGGCGUACCAUUCCUGGAGUCCAUUUCGAGCAGUAGGAUCGUCGGGAGCUCUUCAUGCGGGAAGCAUUCGGUGCCUGUCGGCAGGUUGCCCAUGUCGAUGUCGGCGCAGCUGAGAAAAUAUCCCGUUGGGGAGUUGACGUCGAUCCUGCCCUGCGGCGGCAGGUCCAUGCUCGAGGAAAAGACGAAUAUCGCCUGGGUCGGCCGCCCCACCGGCGAGCUGCCCGUCACUGUCGCAUCGACGGUGGAUACCACAUAGCCCUCGAUGACGGACUUGGCCACGAUGACGCCCGCGACGGAUAUCUCGAGCUGCCACGAGUUGGCGUCCUCUCCUUCGCCGAUUGCGAUGGCGUUGGUCACCUUCAUGGCUGUGGUGUAUGUGGUACUGGCCUGAGACACCCCAUCCCACCCCACAGAGCGUGACGACACAAUUAUUAACAAGACCUGACCCAUCUGCCUAUGUCUGUCUAUUUGACUACUUGCAGAGCGGUGAGGGGCGUCGUAAGGGUGGCUAUGUCUGCUGCGCCGAGGCAUUCCCCAAACACACCCGCCAGCUCAGAGUCGGCCAGGCAUUGCGUGUCGGCCACGAAGCCAUCAGGCAUUCUCACCUGCAGCAGGCAGACAUCCACAGAGAGGGAGGCCGUCGGUCUGCCUGUUGUCGUACCAACCGUGAGCUUGAUCUCAUUGGCCUCGCCGACGAUGGUGUGUGAUAAGCUGAAUGCCAUCUCCACCACGACGUCAGGCGCGGACGGAGACCUGCUGCUUGGAUCGACCCGCACGUCGAGGAAGAAUCCGAGCAGGCCGAAUUCCGGGAAGAGGCCGUCGUUGGUGUUGGUGAUCUGCGUGCCAUUGCGGUCCUUGGAAGUCAUAAUGGUCCAUCGAUUGUCCAGGUAAGACCGGUCAGGGUUGUUAGCCUGACAACGCCAUGAGGAGACACGUACGCGCAGCGCAGGCAGCGCAGUUGUAUCUGUCUGUCGUACCACAAGGCUGAAUGUCAUGGCGUAGCCCGACCAGGAGUGGCCGAGCUCGAUGUAAAACCGCUCGGCGGUAGCGUUCUGCCCCCAGUCGUUGCCCCAAUCGCGACCUGGAGGGGUGUUCCUGCCUGCCCCUGCUGUGUCACUGCUGUAGUAGUCCAAGAUCUCGAAGCCAAAAGGCGCAUCUACCAGGAUGUACUCUCCUUUACUCGCAGGCACCUCUGAAUAGACCAAGUUGCAGGGAUGCUUGACUGCUCCGUGUCUCAAUGAGUGGGCGUCUUACCGGCCCUGAGUGUGAGGGUAAUGGUGUUGUUCCUGCUGCCGUAGAAGGAAUCGGUCAUGUCUCCGCUGACGAUGGUCAGCAGCCCGUACACAGGGUAGCACUCCACAUCUGCCGCCUCGUCCACUUUGGCACGAUUGCCCUCGACGUCCGUCAGGUAUGUCAUUAUGGUCCAGAGCGUCAUGGCCACCGGACUGUCGGGAUUCUUUAGGUUCUCCAGCGUGAGCAUCACAAACUCGCCGGCUCCCAUAUCGACACGCACGUCAACAGUGUCGGUGCGUUUUUUGUAAUACUUGCCGCCUGUGACUUUGACGCGGGAGAAAGAGAGGUGGGGCGAUUGGAUGACGAGCGUGUCGGCCGCUGAGAUGGUUGUGAAUGACACCGAGACUUUGGUAGUGCCUGCACCGAACCCACGCGUAUGGGAUACCACAGGCAGGACGGGAGGUAUUCGCAUUCUGACUUCCUGCAGCGAAUCGUGCAUCUGUCUCAUCCGGUGUGAUGAGGGGGUCGAUCAGCUGGGGAACAAUGUUGUAUCCCGCUGCUAGUGCCGAGCUUUGUAUGACGUCGUUGCGGUAGUGCCUGGCUUCGAAAUUGUUCGGCGAGGGGGUCUCCAUUGGGUUCAACGCACCGACUGAGAAGCUAAUCGUCGUUGCCUCGGGAAUCUGCUGACCUAUCACAAACCUACACGAACGAGAGGAGAGGAUGGACUGUUUGCCUUGCAAGUGUCUGUCUAUUGACAUGUCAUCUGCAGGGAGCUCACGCGAUUUCGUUGAGUGUGCACUCAGGGUUAGGACUGACGGGGUUGUCACUGUCCGUCGGCAGCACCGGCGGCACCGUCAGCUCAGUGUAGUUCCGACAGAGCGUGCUCUGACCAAUGCCGAAAUUGAAUGAGACAGGGGCGAUGACGUGGAUGCUGUCGCUGGGAAGCACGUCGUCCGGGAACUCCAGGGUAAAUUGGAGGGGCACCUCACGCAGACCUCGCUGCGAUGAAGGAGUGACGUAGCUGAACCUGCAAGGACCACGCGCACGCCGUGUAUCUGUGAGGUGCUUGCGUGGGUCGAGCUUACGUGUCCAUGACAUCGUUGAUGCGAAAGCCGUCGCCAUAUGCAGCAUCGAGACGAUUGCUUUCAGGGCAUGAUGUGCCGAGAUUGCUCUCGGCCGUGCAUGAGAGGAAGUACCUGAGCCACACAAAGAAAAUGGUGACGGCCGUCUCGAUUGUGAUCCUUCUCGUACCAUCUUUCAGGCACGGGGACGAUCUGCUGUGGGUUGAUGACGGACAGGAAGAUCUGAUACCUCUUGCCGCCUUCAAUGCGGGUGUCCUCUUUCAGCACUCGGACACGCACGAAGCUGUUGGGAGGGUUGGUCCCCUCGCACAUCAGCUCAUCGCCAGCAAAGUCUUUCACAGGCAGCCCCGCCUCGGUGAGCUCAGUGACAUGAAGCGUGCAGAUGGUCGAGAACAGAAAUCCACUGGGCGCAGUGAUACGCAGCACACCACCUGAGGACAAGACACAGGGAGUGCCGAGACAUGGAAGAAAUGCCUCACCCGUGAUGAUGUCUUGGUAUGGAGCCAGAGUGAUGCACAAAUCGUUGAUGGUAUCUCCCAGAGCCGUCGAUCUCGCAAGAGUGGUCGGAACGAUGACUACGUCGCUGAAGGCCCAAAUGUCAAAUCCGGCGAAUGGCUCGGCCGACGACUGUCUGUAGGACAGCGACCACAUGUUGGGAUCAGGCGUGGUGGCUGGGUUGUUGACGCGAAUGGUGAAGACAUAGUUGAGCCCUGUCGAGAGGUCACCCCCCAGUAUCGUCAGCCUUGCCACUUUGUCGGCACCCUGACAGCUGGCGACGGUCACUCCCAACGGAAAGACGGUUAGACCCCACUCAACUUUGCCAGCUCCGGCAUAGUUACGGAAUGGCGCUGCAGUGUUCACUGGCCCGCAGUCCUCGUCGAACACGAAACCUUCAGGCGCCACUAUCGUCAUGACAUCGGCGUCAACUGUGCCUUGCGGGAGUGUCCACGUCGCGAGCUGAAACACUAGAGUCACCUGAUUGACAGCUUCAGCACGGUCGUUUCGGUACCCUCCUGAGACAAGAUGACGCAUUUGUGAUCAGUCGUUGGUUGUUGUGAUGUUUUCUGUGGGUGGCGUACAGUACUACCUGUUUCUGUGAAGAUGUAUGCAGCUGGCAUCUUUGGAUUGACGGCGUAUGGCGACAUAUACGUCGGUGCGUCAAGCCAGAGGCUGCCACCAGGGCCCUCCGAGUCAGUGGCCUGGUCGCAAUUGGAAAACGACUCCACGUAGAGCGCGCCUUCAGGGACACCUGAUCAAGCAUAAGGGGAAUGAGCCGUUGUGGCCUCGCAGCUGACAUACGUGACCUUGUUCCGCUGGGUUUGUCACUUGCACUUGGAACCGAUAGACGCCGCUGGCGAAGGUCGUCAGCAUGCUUCGGACCUGGAUGUAGCCGUUGCGGAAGGGCAACGAUGCGAUUUGUCGGUCCUGGGCGUCGCAUGUAGCAUCAUCUGGGAACUUGUGGCCACUGUCGCUGUCGAGAGUGCGGUAGCCAAGACACGCACCUGCCAAAAGGAGUGACGCCGAAAUGAAUCCUGUUUCUGCAUUGAUUAUAAGUCUACCUGUUGUGACCUCGAAGUUCUGCGGUAAGGUGACUCUGAGGCAGCCGCCUUUGGGUAUAGUCGUGACCGUCUCAACCCGCAUGACGAUAUCAGACGGCUGACGGACGACUGCAUUCGACCAGCUCUCCAGCUCAGCAUUGAUGAGCCUCCGCACACGCGCCGGGGUGAACGCUGACAGACAAGCGCACACAGAGGCGAGUCCACUGAGACAAGAGCGCACUCAGCGCCUCAUGGCUUUGUCUGUCUACCUGCAGCAGCGAUGCGUUCAUGUAUGAGCGUCCCGUCGUAGCCAUAUUCGAAGAAGAACUCGUUUGCCGAGGGGUAUUCGUGCUUGAGCGACGGAGUGUCUCCAGGCACAUGCAGUGAUGUCUGGAAGGCAUACCUAGCAAAAUAAGGCAGCGCACACAGCACAACUCGAACGCCGGUGGUUCCACUGUUUUGUCACAUACCGUACAUUGGCGUCGAUGACGCCCCCAGCGUCGACGUCGAGCUCAAGGCUGUUGCCGUAUGUGACUCCGCUGGAUGGACGAACGACCGGCAGAGACUUAGUGAUACCCGGCAGCUGGACGUUGUUGUCCGGAUUGGCAUCACCCACCUGCACACACACAACCCACGGACACACGACACAGACAAACACACACACAAACGACCGCACUUGGCCCUCUUUGUAUCUUCGCAUGUAUAUGGAUUGUAUGUGUCUCACCCACUUUGUAUCGGAAAACGGCUACAUCCCACUCGUACCCGCUGGGCGCCAUAACCCGAAUCUUCCCUCCUGUAUGCUGCACCCCAAUCUCAAACUCCACCGACACGGCCGCAGGAGUCGUCGUAUACCAAGACGGCAGAAAAUUAGUCACAUCAACGGUAAACACCGUCGCCUCUCGCUCGUAGACGCCCCAUGAUCGCUGUGAGGGCCCGGUGGCGUCUUCAGGGUUGAGUCGCGGAGUGUAUUGGGUCCCAUCGAUGGCCUCCUGCAGCUGGGUGUAGGUGCGGAUAAGGAAGGCGUUCUCGCGGGUGUCCUGCAGCGAAGUGUAGCUGGUUCGAGGUUCGUUCUGUACGCGGCGUGUCCUGAAACAUACAUAUGACAGCUGAAUCACAUCACGGCAGUCAGUCCUUUUCGCUGCUGACUGAGUAUACACCCUUACUUGAAUGCAUAGUUCUUCCCGCCGUCGAGUGACACCGAUGAGGUAAGACUGAUCCGGAGCCGAUUGCGGGUUGAGCAGGUCGUCGCCAUGUUGGCUCCACAGUAGGGCCCGUUGACUGCCUGGCGAGACACAACUGGCGGGAGUGUUAUGUUGGGAUUGGACUCGUCCACAGGAGAAACGUCGGGAUCGACAUUGACGAAGGCGAACCCAUCGAGCAAGUCCAGCUCAACAAUCGCUCCUCGACCUGUGCACCACAGACAAAUGGAUUUCAACGCGUGUGGCCAUUCGUCAAGACAGUGCCCACCGGCGCUCUGCUCAGUCUUGAAGAAGACGGUCAGCUCGUUGGACGAGAAGUCCUGCGCGAAGUGGGACGGCGAGAGGGUCGCUUCGGUUAGGAAGCCCAUGACGGCGACAUUUGGUCCGUAAUCGCCGGAUCCGGUGAAGAUCUUCUGCAUGUCUGGCUGAAUGGGAUCGCCCCCCUCGAGAGUGUCACGCCACUCGUGGCGUCCCUUCGACUGAAGAACCAGAGACGUGCCCUUGUGUCCGCGACUCACAAUCAUGCCUCACUCACCCUGACGACGAUCUUCCACACGUUGGCUGGGUCGUAUGGCGGGAGGGGGGUGGAUGGGUUGGUGACCUUGAGCUUGACGAUGAAGGGCGCCCCCGACGGAAUCAUGUGAUGUUGUCCCAUAGUGUACAUGCACACAUUCUGAGACACACACCACAAACAUACAAAAGCGAUUUCAGCUGGCCAUCUCGUGCUUUCUCCUGGCCAAAUGGAGUCGUACGCUGCCGAAUGACCAGCUGUCUCCCGCGUCCGUUUUCAGUUGUGAAACCCCCACCGGCCGCGAGGACCCAUAGACAAAGAGAAGGUCCUCUGUCGGCUCGGCCGCUGUGCACGUGUAUCCCACAGGCAAUGUGAUCAACAUUUGUCCCUGCCCAGGCUCUGCACACAACACACCAUCACCCACUCCUUGCAGCCUACCUACUGGACUGAGACACAUACCCCUUACUUGCAGAGAACAGGAAGGAGCCCAGCACGAUCCUCGCGUAGAGAUAGUUGUCGGCAUUGCCCCUGUAAGGCCUCAUAUUGCCGUCGCCGUGCUUUUGCACCACACCCGCCUCAGUGACUGUCACAUUCUUGUACAGCAGCCCGCCCGCCGACCGUGUGUGAGUCGGCAGCGUGCCGCCCUGCGUAUGCAAACCAGAUACAGAGAGAGAGACACAGAAUAGUGCUUGUUUACUCACCCACCAGUGCGUAGACUUGCACACCGAUGUGUUCCGGGAAGAAGCCCUUUGCGGGGGGAAUGAUGGGGUCGAACACCACGAAGACAUCGACACCAUCGUUGAUGGUCCCAACACCUCCCGGCACCGUCACACGGGCUCCUGCCUUGUUCUGUCCCACGCACAGGGGACACACGCCCCGCACCACAUCUGUGUUUAAGUGAACCCCAUAUCGUCAUGAAAUGACGCACCUGCGUGCCGUCCCCGGCAGCUCUGCUGCCGAUCUGUAUCGGCGUGCAGUCGACAUUCUGCACUUCGGUGAAGUCGUCCUUGAUAAAGUAUGCAUUGCAUCCAGCGCCGAAGUCCCACAGAGUGAGUGGGUGGAAGAUGAAUUCCAGCCAGUAGUCGGGCUUGAUGCGGGUGGUGUCCGUGUCGCCGCCGGCUGAGAUCUUGAUGUGCAGCUUGUCCACUGCCGCAAGCUCCACCAGGUCGCUCUCUGACCAGCAAGCAGACCACAACAUAGACAUAGAUGGCCAAGCAUCACAGUGACAGUGUCUCCUCACCAGUGAAAUCGCCGCCUGGCACAGGGCGCUCGCCCAGCACUAUCACCCCAUCGGUGGCGUUGAAGCUGCCAUAGACGGCCCCGGUGUAGUCGCUCAGCGAAGGCGGAAUGCGCCUGGGGUCCGGCGCGACGUUGGCAAACUCGACCACCUCAUGCGGUUUGAGAAACUGGUCGUCCUUUGACCACACUUGCAUCAGGACGUCGCCGGCCUGAAUCGACGACUGAUGGAUUGCAGACACACAGGCUGCCUGAAUGGAUGUGUAGAGGUACACACAAUUGGUUGCGUACCGAUGGGCUUGUUCUGCAGUUGAAAACGAGUUCAUAUCGCGUGUUUGCCUUGAGACCGUUGUAGCGGUCGAAGUAGAUUAUGAAGGACUGAUACGUGCCAAAGGGGCCAGAAGUUACAGCAUGCCACCUGAAGGUGCAAUAGACACCAAGGCAUGCUUGUGAUACCUGUGGCUGUCUGUUCGGUGGCUGACUUGCAGCUGUGUGGCAUGGGGAACCCCGUCGACUGGCCCCACGUCUCAAUGAGGAACCUGCCGCACUCCCUCUGCGUCGCAAUGGGCUCCUCUUGCACCGCUUCGGGGUUGCUGUCACUUGACAGAGGCUCAAGCUGGCUCAAGGCUGUAAAUCGAAGCUCCAGAGCCAUGCCGUACACAGCCUGUGAUGAUGGGAAGCAAAGCAGAGCAGACGAGCCAAGGGCAGUCGACAUCGACUCACGGCAUCACUUACCCACCGUGGUGUAUUGCGGCGUCGCUGCGACGUUUGUGAGGAAGUUGAGCAGCACGGGGCCCUCCUUUGUCGGCUCCAGUACGGUCAGAUGGAGGUUUGCUUCUGUCAUCAGCAGCGGCAUUGUGGCCGUGAUGAAGCCUGCGUGCACCCAUCCGGCAGUCUUGAGACCGUCGAUAGGCGGGAGAGGACAGUCGUUGCCGAGAGGACAGCUUGUCUGUUGAGCCGGUGACGAGAAGAUCCAGCAGAGAUUGUAUUGCUCUUCGGUCACUGAGCCUGGCCUGAGAUGAAACAGGGAGGCGGCAUGGUGGCAGAACGUGUGUCUCCGUUAUGGUUACACACUGGCUGAUUAUGAGUCCCUCGAAUCUCGCCCGCGUGACGACGACAGCGAUGGCAGUGGCAGUGGAUGUGGGCGGCUGGGCAUCAAUUUGGAAGAAGGUGUCGUUGUGGAUCUGCGUCACUCGAAAGUUCUGGUUCUUGUCGGUGAAGUGGCCGCUGACGACGAAACGAAUGUAGUCCUGUCAGUUAGAAUGAACCAGUGAGGACAUACAUACACGGGUAUGCCCUCGGUGCUCGUCUUACGGUGUUACUGAUGCCAUUUGGAGCGUCUGUCUCUAGAAUGGUGAAACAAUUCGGGUCAGAGUAGGAGACGUCAGUGCACGCUGAAGACGCAUCAAAAAGGACAAGACGACUUCUUUCGAAUGCGAAGGUUCUUCUCUCGGUGUGUGUCUCACGUGCUGUGCCGGUGAUGGAUUGGAUAUUGAGCAUGACCACUUUGCUCGCGUAUCCCGUGGCAGCGGUCGUGCAUCCAGAGUCCCAUCCAGGAGUUACAUCGACCCGCGAGUCCACCUUCCCUCCGUACUCGUGCCCCUCCAUCGACAGGUCCAGCUCGGUGCCACGGACCACGAUGGAAAACUCCUGACCGAACGCCACAGUAUAGCUGUUUAGUGAGGCAGUGGGGCCGCCGAUUGCCAUGGCACCUGAAAUACACAGAGGGAGGCAGAGAAGGAGACACCGUGGACGAGAGCAGGGUGUGGUGUGUUUGUUGUCCAUGCCAUGCACCUGCAUCGGUUUUGAAAUCGGUCGGACUGGUGCAGGUUUGUCCGGGAAUGGUCGUGUCGUCGAGGGUGCAGAAGCACAAACGGUAGAGGCCUGGUGUGGUGUCGAUCAGGUCACCCGACGAGCCCCACUCAUAGUCCAUCCCGUCGUUGGUGCCGUUGGCGGAUAUGGCGUCGUCUGGCAGGUUGGCAAGAGGCGUGUUGGUGCCGCACUCGCUGAGGAUGGCCAUCUUGCCGCCGCGCUCCAACAAGUUCCCCUGCACACCUGCCAUUUUCAUUAGAUGAGACACACUCGCCCGUGUCUUGCAGAUCUCGAUCGCUGUAUACCCAUGCUUACUCACCGUUUGUCUCACACUGCCUUCCCUCCCAGCAGGUGAAGUACUGGCCUUGCGUCGGGCCUCCGAGCCUGACCGUGCCACCGGGUGAGAGAAACUGGCUGGGGAAAUUCGCCAUACAAUCGUAUUGGCUGGCAGGGCAGUAGCAAAGCGUGUAGUUGUCAGGGGGAGCGGUGAUGGCGUGCUGGGCGAAGAUGCUGCCGCUCGAUGAUGGGUUGCCCUCAAACUCAAACUUGUACUGGAUGACGUCCGUCACAUAGGCUGGAUUGGCGAGACCCUCGGUGGAAUUGUAAGCGCCGAAGCCGCUGCUGACGGCGGGCGUCGUGCCACACGUGCCUGUCUCUGCCAUGACAUACAUCAUAUCGUCCACCUUCAGCCCGAAAUUCGCUGCGAUGUUGUUGACCCCAUCAUCAUCUUGAAUCUGCAGAACAGUCCACACACAUCAAUGGCAUUGAGACAGGCCACAGCAGCAGAGUCACUCACAUAAUCGUAGCCAGCUGAGUCAAAGUCAGGCUUAGGGUAGUUGGGAAUGCAUGGGUGUGAGUGAAAGCACCGUAUCUCGUUGGACGGUCCCGGGCCGUUGAUAACGACCUUCUUGGGAUCUAGUGGCGGUGCUGAGACCGCCUCCACGAAAAAACUGGGAUCAUUUGCCGCUGGGUACUUGCAACUAUUGGGUGUGUUUUGAUCCUGCAAAAAAUGAACACGCAUUCGCUUCUGGCAUCCAUCCCAGCUCUUCCAUGCUUGCCUCCCUCUACUCACAUGGUCGCAAACACAUAAGGCGAACUUGCCCGGUCUGUCCACAACGACAGGGCCGCAUAUCAGAGUGUCGUCAGAAAUGCUCUCCGUCACCACAGUGCAAUUUGCCGAGCCCGCCGGCGGGGGAUCGGCCCAGCCAAUCACGCUGUUGGGGGAGGGAGUGAUAGAAAAAUGGGUCGGGAUCUUGCCAUGGGCAGGAAGAGCGGUGCAGCCUGUGUAAUCGGUGGGGCAGCAACCUGAAGACAUAACACAAACGCCUUGGCAUCUUUCCUGUUCCUCUUAGCUCUCUUGCCUUGGUCUGCAAUGACCAGACGGUCGUCUGGUUGAAAGCUCUCCACGCCGCCAACCCUCAGCCUCAGGUAAAACUCCCUCCCGUGAUGCACGACUGUCUCAUCUCCUGUCGCCAGUCGUGUCGGGUCGUACGAGAUGACUCCAUGGUCGACAUAUCCUUCAAAUACGGCCAGCUCUCGCCUUGGUGAGGAAGCCGAGAGGGACAUUCGGAGAGAUGCGAUACGCAUCAGGAGGAAGGGGAGAAGAGAAGGAAUAAGUGGCCAUGGAGAAGUGGACAACAUACCGCCACCGUAUCAUGAACAAUGGACACGGCUGUUGCGAUGCUUAGAUC